ACUGUUCUCAGUAUUCACAGUGCCAUUCCUCUCCCUCCAGUGAUAGAUCCGCAUCUGUAAAGGAAAAUUUUUCGCAUAUGGAUCUCACCUUCUAUUUCUUCAAAUGCUGCUGAGAUCACGAAAUGGAUUUCACUGAGGCUUAUAAGCAGACCGGUCCCUGUUGUUUCUCUCCCAACGCCAGAUAUGUUGCCGUCGCCGUCGAUUAUCGCCUGGUGAUUCGUGAUACGUUGUCGUUUAAGGUUGUGCAGUUGUUUUCAUGCUUGGAUAAGAUAAGCUAUAUUGAAUGGGCGCUUGAUUCUGAAUACAUUCUUUGUGGUCUCUAUAAAAGGCCAAUGAUACAAGCAUGGUCAUUGAGUCAACCUGAAUGGACUUGCAAAAUAGAUGAAGGUCCUGCUGGCAUUGCUUAUGCUAGAUGGAGUCCAGAUAGUCGGCACAUACUUACCACUUCAGAUUUUCAAUUGCGUUUAACUGUUUGGUCACUUGUGAACACAGCAUGCGUUCAUGUGCAAUGGCCAAAACAUGCUUCUAAGGGGAUUUCUUUCACUAAAGAUGGAAAAUUUGCUGCAAUUUGUACACGGCGAGAUUGCAAGGAUUACAUAAAUUUGCUUUCAUGUUAUACAUGGGAGAUAAUGGGUACUUUUGCUGUGGACACGUUGGACUUGGCUGAUAUUGAAUGGUCACCAGAUGAUAGUGCUAUAGUGAUAUGGGAUUCACCUCUUGAAUACAAGGUUCUGAUUUAUUCCCCGGAUGGAAGGUUUCUAUUCAAGUAUCAAGCAUAUGAAAGUGGUCUUGGUGUAAAAACUGUUUCAUGGUCUCCUUCUGGCCAGUUUCUAGCCGUGGGUAGCUAUGAUCAGAUGUUGCGGGUGCUGAACCACCUGACCUGGAAAACUUUUGCUGAAUUUAUGCAUCUAUCUAAUGUUCGUGCUCCAUGUUGUCCUGCUGUUUUCAAGGAGGUGGACGAGCCUUUGCAUCUUGAUAUGUCUGAAUUAUGUUUGAGUGAUGAAUUUCUCCAAGGCAAUUCUGAUGUUGCAGAAGGACACAGAGUUAGGUAUGAGGUUACUGAAGUCCCUAUCACGUUGCCUUUCCAGAAGCCUCUUGCUGACAAACCAAACCCUAAACAAGGAAUUGGCCUCAUGUCAUGGAGCAGUGACAGCCAGUAUAUCUGUACUCGCAAUGAUAGCAUGCCAACUGCUCUCUGGAUAUGGGACAUACAUCAUCUUGAGCUUGCUGCCAUAUUGGUCCAGAAGGAUCCCAUCCGGGCUGCUGCUUGGGAUCCAACAUGCACACGACUUGUUCUUUGUACUGGCAGCUGUCACUUGUAUAUGUGGACUCCUUCAGGUGCUUACUGUGUGAGUAAUCCACUACCACAAUUUAGCAUAACUGAUCUGAAAUGGAAUUCAGAUGGAAGUUGUCUUCUCCUCAAGGAUAAGGAGUCAUUUUGCUGCGCCGCUGUGCCACUAUUGCCAGAAUCAAGUGAAUAUAGCUCAGAUGAUUGAGGUCCGCUCAGCUAAUCUAGAUAGCUGGCAGUUAGUGUAAAGAAAUUGUAACAAAAAAAAGGAAAAAGGAAAAGAAAAGAAAAUGGUACGUGUGAUCAACCAACCAGUUGUGGAUCUCUCCCCCGUAUCUUGUCUGCUAUGUUGUAUUUGGGUUUGGAAGGCUCCUCUUUGUUGUAGCUCAAGUGAACAUUUUGAUAUGUUGUAGAAUUAUAUUGCAUAGUGGCAUUUUCCUUAGAUCCUCA